AUGAAGCGGCAUCAGACUUUUCGGCGGCAGAUUGCUCUGGCUGGCUGCUUGCUGGGUGCGGGCGCGGCGAGCAGCUGCUUCUGCAACACGAGCCGGUCGUCUCAGAUGCAGAGCAAGAUCACCCGGCAAGGUGCCAAAGAAACCAUGGAGUCGUUCUAUUCAGCCGUGAACAACCGGGACCUUGAGAGGGCCAUGGAGAUGGUGGACGACGAUGCCACUUACGAAGACUUUACGUUUCAGGAGCCUUUCAAGGGCAAGGAAGGAGUGCGAGAGCUGCUCGAAGAUGCCAUGGAGUUGCCGAAAGGCCUUGAUUUUGUCAUCGAUGAGACGGCCGGUGGAGAAUCCUGGAGUGGAGAUGAUUCUGUUGGCAUGACGUGGCACGUAGAGUUUGAUGGUGUUCCUUUGCCAAACAGUCGCGGGGCUUCGCUUUACAAAACGCGGGGUGGCAAACUGUUCUACGCCCGUGAUAUCGUGGAGUCACCACUGAAACUGGGUGGUGCAGCGCUUGGUAUCGUGAGCUUCAUUGCUCCCAUCAUAAGGGCUUUGCAGCGUGGCUCCUUGGGAGAUCUCGCCCCAGCACUGGCAUUUGCGACAGCUGGAGCCAUCUAUUGGCGACGGGGCUUGAUUUCAUGCCCGUGA